AACUGAAGACGGUAAGAGAAUUCAAGAGAUUUUGUCUGAGGGAUGCAAGCCAACAGAAAAUGUCAUCAAAAGUAUCAAUCACAUUCUAUGCAACUACCUGGCAACAACAUACGGCGUGCGUCCAUCGACGUUUUAUAAGGAAAUGCUCGCUCGUUCCCUGGUGACGACGUAUCCUAUUCUGGCUUCGACCGUGUCUGAGGUUCCUCACGCACUAUGGUUCCAUAAAAACGCUCGUGGUGAUGGACGACAUGCGGGAAAAAUUCACUAUAGAAUGGAGUUACUCGCGAAGAAAUCAGAUAACCGUGUUAUCCAUCGACAGAUCAAUGACAAUCAAGCUCCAUCUGUUUCGAAGACCGUAGAAGAUGGUCGUGUUGAACCAAACAUUGAAGAUCUGGUACAAGAACUGCAGUUUGCUGUACCUUCGGAGCAAACAAAAUCGAGAAUCAAAGAAUUGUGGAAGCAGACUUUGAAGUAUCGCAACGAGAGACGCGUAGAAGAGACAUUCCAUGAGUUCAUGGACGAUUUCCCAGUAGCAUCUGCAUUUGAUUGAUAUUGAUUUCAAAUUAAUGAGGCCCAAUGCUGCUCCAUUCGAUGACAUGUGGAAUGUGAUCCAACCAAAGAUUUUGGAUCAGUAUCGUGACGUACACCGAUAUAUAAAAAACGAUCUAAUCAAGUCGCUUACCGUGGUGCGUGAAAAGAAUCCAAUGAGAGGUGCAAAACGACCACGAGACAAUAAUGAGAAGGAAAUGAAGGAACGCAAGCUUAAUCCGUUACACGGUAUAAUUGAAUGGGUUGGUCUCGAAAUGGAACUACCAACCCCGGAUGUGCCACUUGUCAUCAUUGCAGAGAAAUUGUUUGAGCUUGGUGAUUGCUAUAUUGUCUGGAAAGACAAAGCCAUUCCCGUCGGGCAAAAUCUACUUGGUGCCUUCAUCCUUUUGUGUCAAACAUUUACAGUUUUUAAUGUCAAAUGUCACCCUUCGGAUAAACUAUUUUACUCAUUUUUUUAUGCAUCUUGCUUCAAACUCGAGUCUCUAAGUACAACAGGCAAUAAGUUUUUGAAUCAACUUAUCUAGAUGCUACGAAACUUUCGAUUAUAUUUUAACUAUUGCUCGAAAAUCGAAACAAGAGCGUUUUCAUUUAAUGUAUAAAUAUGGAAUGAAAUAUAACUUGAAUUUAUAGAAAUAAACGCUAAUAAACGAUGAUAA